AUGAACAUUAGUGAGAAAUUAGACAUAAAUAUAUAUAAUGAAGAAAAGCAAAAAAAUGGCUCAAUAAAAAUAUUAUAUGAUUCAAGCAUGAACAGGAAUGAUAUAUAUAAUGAUGUUAAUAAUAAUGAUAACCUAAAUUCAUCUGAAUUAAAAAAUGUUAAUAGAGAAAUAAGUAAAAAUAAAAAUGAUUCAAGUAUAGAAGGUAAGUUAUCCUUUGAUAUUAAAAAUGUAUUAACACAUGCUUAUUUGCCUGUAUGUAUAGAGAAAAUGAAAGAAGGAGAAUAUAUGUACAAAUGGAAUAAUAAUAUAUUUCAAAAAAAGACAUUAAAAUUUUUUUAUUUAGAUGUUAACAAUUAUUGUAUUCGAUGGAAUUCAAAAAAGAAAAAAUUAAAAGUAAAUAAAAAUCCUUCUUUAUAUAUAUGUGACAUAAUUAAAAUAUUAGAUGGAUCAGAAUCAUUAUUUUUUAAAAAAAAAGAGGCUGAAAAAAAUUUAUCAAUUGAAAUAAUUAGUACACACAGAAAUUUAAGGGUAACUUUUUUAGAUAUUCAAAGAUGGAAAAUGUGGUUAUUUGGUUUGAUGUAUUAUCAGUAUAAAUUAGUUAAUAAAGGUACAGGGAAAAAAAUGAAACCUUUUUUUUAUGAAAAUAAUAAAUUAUAUGAUAACUAUAUUAUUUCUGGAUUAAAAGAUAUUAAUGUUUUAACAUUAUCUCAAUUAUAUAUUAUUUUAAGAAGUCUUAACAUAUAUUUAAAUAUGAAAAUUUUAUAUCAUUAUUUUUCUAUUUAUAAAAAUAAAGGCAUUAUUAACUACUUUGGAUUCACAAAAAUAUUAGAACAUAUUUUUUCUAAUAAUCAUAUAUCAUUUUAUUUUAAUAUUUAUAAAGAUAAAAAAUUGAAUUAUAUAGACAAAAAUAAAUUUAUUGAAUUUUUAAUAGAUAUACAGUGUGAGGGUAAAUGUGAAGAAAACAUAUUUAAUAAUGAAGAAAUUAAAAAAUUUUACAUUAAGAGUAGCUUAAUUAGUAAUAAUAAAAAUGAAAAUUCUGUAGAUUCAUCUUACGAAAAUCAUGAAAUUAAUAAGGAAAUUAAAAUUAAAAAAAUAGACAAAAAUCAAAAAAACAGAAAAGAAAAUUACAACUAUAUUAAUGGAAAAGUAUCAUAUAAUAAUAAAGAUGAAAAAAAUACAAAUGAAAAUAAUUUCAACAGUAAUGGUUGUACAAAUAAUAACGAAAUUUAUUUAAAAAGUAAUAUAAAUCAAAAUAAUUAUAUUAAAAAUAAUCUUAAUACUUACGAUUGGAAUUUAAUAAAUAAAAUAGAUGAUCAAAAUACUAAUGAAAAUAAUAUACAUUAUGAUAUAAAUAUUCUCAAUACAUUUCUCUUUGCAGAUGAUUUAAUGCAUUAUGAUGAAGAUUAUUUAUUGAUAUUGAGAAUAUUAAAAAAUAAAUUAAAAUUUAAAGAAAAUAACAAUAUAGAAAAAAAGGAGCAUAAUGAAGUAGAAAAAUACGAUCAUGAAAAUUAUAAAACAGAAGAAAUUGAUCAAUAUGAAGAGAAGAAAAAAAAUUUUAGUAAAGAAAAUAUAGAUAGUAAAUAUUUUAUAAGAGCUAGGGUAAUAUACAAAUUACUAAAUACGAUAAAAAAAUAUAAUAUUCCUUUUGUAAUUAUUAAUGAAAAUCAUUAUUUAACUCAAAUAGGUUUAGUCUAUUUCUUGUUAUCAAAGGAAAAUAGUAUUAUGUGCCCAGAAUAUUCUAAAGUAUAUCAAAAUAUGAACAUGCCUUUGUGUAAUUAUUGGAUAAAUAGUAGUCAUAAUAGCUAUCUUGGUAGAAAACAAAUAUUUAGUACUAGUAAUAUUGAACAAUAUAUAUAUAUUUUAAUAGAUGGAUGUAGGUGUGUAGAAUUUGAUUGUUAUUAUUUUAAUAAAAACAUUGUUGUAUAUCAUGGCUUUUAUGGUUAUAAACUUACAUCUUCCAUCUUAUUUUGCGAUACACUAAUUGCAUGCAAAAUUUUUGGUUUUACUACUUCUCCAUAUCCCAUAAUAUUAUCACUAGAAAUUCAUUGUAAAAAUAAACAUAAAAAUUUAAUUGCAAAAAUAUUAAUAUGCAUAUUAGGAAAUCAAUUAUAUAUACCAAAAACAAGAGAUGAAAUUAAUAAUAUAACUCCAAAUAAAUGUAAAAAUAAGUUUUUAGCUAAAUAUAAGCAUUUUGAUAAUAACGAAAGUUCAGGUUUUUAUUAUAUAUUUGAAGGAUUGCAAAGCAUAAUGUAUGAUGAAAUUAGUUAUCUUUCAGAUAUUGUUGGAGAAGAUGAGGAAGAAGAUGCAGAAGAAAGAGAUGAUAUAUAUGAUAUAGAAGAAAAUAUAGAUGAAGAUAUAGAAAAUAAUGUUGAAAUGUGGAAUACAAAUAAUGAUAAAAAGAAAAAUAUGUAUGUAAAUAAGUUAUAUAAUUCAUCAUCAUUAGAAAGAGAUCAAGAAGAAGAAAAUAAUGCAUCUGAAAAAAAGAAUUUUUUAAGUAUAUUAAAUAUGAAAAAAAAUGAAAAUAAUGUAGAUAAUAGUAUUAAUAAUAGCUUAUUUAAUCAUAGCAAAAAAGAAAAAUUAAAUGGAAUAGAUGAAAAAAAAAAAAUAAUUAAAAAAAAGAGUGAGAAUUUUGAAGUAAAAAAUAACAAUUUAUUGAAUGAAUAUUCAUGUUUAAAAGGUUAUGUUUUUCGAAAUUUUUGUGAAAAUAGAAAAUAUAAUGAAAUAUGUUCAAUUAGUGAAAAUAAAUUUAUUAAAUUAAUUAAAAAAAAUGAAAAAGAAAUUAUCAAAUAUAACCAGAAAACAUUAACACGUGUUUACCCAUCAGGAACAAGAUUAGCAUCAACAAAUUUUAAUCCUUUAAUAUUUUGGAAUGCUGGAAUACAAGUUGUUGCAUUAAAUUAUCAGUAUAAUGGCUUAAGUAUGUUAUUAAAUAAAGGUAGAUUUUUAGAAAAUGGAGGAAAACAUUCAGGUUAUAUUUUAAAACCCAAAUUAUUAAGAUUUAGUGAAAAAAACGAUUAUAACAUUUUAUCAUUGAACUUACAAAUAUUAUCUCUACAUCAAAUAAAUUUAUUAUUCUCCAUUAAAAAUAAAUAUCAAGAGAAAAAAUUAAAAAAGAAAUUAUUUAAAAUGGAUAUGAUUCAAAGAAUACAGACACAUAAAAAAAUUAAUAAAAAAAUGAAAAAUUUUAAGGAUUUACAAAAACUAGAAAAAGAAAAAAAAAAUUUUCUUUUUUCAGAUAUUCAAUCAGAUGACAAUAAAAAAAAUGUGAAUCAUGAAUUUCUUUUAAAUAAAUUUAAUGAUAAUGACAAUGAUGUUAAUUAUAUUCAUAAUAAAUUUUCUAAUAUAGAAAAAAAAUAUGAAGAUAUGCUAUCAGAAUAUAAAUCCUUUUUAUUAUGUUCAUCCUUAUCACAUAGUAGUAGUUUUAAUAGUUGCAGUAGCAAUACAACUGCAUCAAAUAAUGGAAAAGUUUUAAAUAAAAGUUCCUCAUCAAAAUUUAAAAAUAAAAGUUUUUAUCAAACUUUUGAAGAAUUAAAAAAAGCAAAUAAUUUAUUUUUUUAUUUAUAUGUAACUAUUUCUGUACAUGGAUAUAAUGAGCAAAAAUAUUAUUUUAAAACGGAAAUAGCUAAAGUUAAUUUUUAUGAUUUAAAUUAUUGUUGGUCAAAUCCUUCUAAUUUCCAAAUGAAAAUAUGUUACCCUUCACUAGCUCUUAUUGUAUUUGAAUUAAAAGCAUAUGAUACUGUUAAGAGUGAAGUAAUAGCUUGCGCAUGUUUUCCAGUUAAAUGUUUAAGAGAAGGUAUCAGAUUUGUUCCAUUAUGUGACAAAUACUUAAAAGACAUUAGAGGAUCAGGAAUUUUAGUUAACCUAAAAAUUACAACUAAUAACUAA